GGGCUUUUUUUUUAUUAUUAUUAUUAUUUCCUCCCAACCAUGAGUAAUGUCGACAUUGUCCAUGCUGUACUAAAGAAAUAUCAUUCUUUACCAAAGGGUGGUAAACCUAUUCAACACGAGACAAAGGCAGAGUGGACUGUAUUAGCGUCUAUUGUCAUGGUCAAUGACAAGGGAGAAAUUCAAGUCAUAUCCAUCGGAACUGGACUUAAAUGUCUGCCUUUUAGUAAACUUUGCAAGACGGGUGAUGUAUUAAAUGAUUGUCAUGCAGAAGUGAUAGCGCGUAGAGGAUUUAUAAAAUAUUUACUAGCACAAGCUAAAAUCGCAACUUUAAACUCGAAACCAUUUUAUUACAAGGACAAGGUUCUUUUACAAGAUCCAGCUUAUACUUUUCACAUGUACAUUAGUCAAUCGCCCUGUGGAGAUGCUUCCAUGACUGCCCUAGCUCAGGUCCAAACACCGGAAUCUUUAUCAAAUUUUGAAUCCGGCUCUCAUAAACGCAAAUUACAGACCACAGUAGAGCCAUUUUUAACCCAUAACAUUUAUGCAAAUAAAAAACAAAAAAUGAUGAAUGGUGGACAGUUAUUUCAAAGAGGCAGAUUUAAAUUUGAUGAAAUUGGUAUUUUAAGAACUAAACCAGGCCGUCUUGAUUCCGAACCUACACUUUGUAUGUCAUGCAGUGAUAAAUUAGCAAGGUGGAAUGUCUUGGGUCUACAAUCGGCUUUACUCUCAGGUCUGUUUAAUCCGGUCUAUCUGGAAUCCAUCAUCGUAGGUGAUCUGUUUGACAAGGAGGCUUUGGAACGAGCUUUAUAUAAAAGACUGUAUAAAAUCAAGGAUGAACUGUCUUUACCAUUUCGAUUGAAUGAACCACGCAUAGAGAGUACGGAUAUUCCAUUUGAAAGCUCCAAGAGCCAUUUAGAAUCAACGGGUAAAUACAGCAAGAUCAUCUCAAGUGCAACCAGUCUAUUGUGGGUGACGGCUAACAACAACAACAAUAAUAAUAAAGCGGAAGUGUUUGUGAAUGGCCGAAAGCAAGGUGCACCAAAAGGAAAAGCGACCAAUGAAAAGACAAGGCCAUCAAUCAGUAAGAAAAGCUUAUGGAGCGAAUUCAAAGCGAUCCUUGGACAAGAAGAGAUGAAGACAUAUGGUGCAUUUAAGGAGUCACAAUUGAAAUAUCAAGAGGCCAAGACAUGUUUAUUGGAAAGAGUGUUUGAUGCUUGGGUUCAAACACCCAAAGAGUAUGAAGAGUUUACAUAAAAAAAAAAGUGUUGUUGUUUGUUUAUCAUCAUGCUUUUAAUAAAUUUUUUUUUUUUUUUUUAAUAUCCACCCCUUAAAAC